UACGCGUGAAAUCGAUAUAAAUAGUUGUUUAUUUUUUAAAACGUGAAUUCAUUCGCAACUUUUAGUUUGGAACGUUAUCAUCACAAAAUCAAAGUCUUAUAUUAAAUAAAAAGCCGUAAUUGUUUGCAAGACUUCCUUCUGAUCAAAAUCGCAUACAUUUGAUAUAUUUUCAAUAUGAAAUGUUCGUUGGUUUUGUUAAUUGUUUCGGUGAUAAUUGCAUCCACAUUUGGUGAUCCCCAUGAUCUACCAGAAUAUGCAGAAAAACGUUACCACUUGGAACCAUUUUUUAAAACAAAUUGGUUUAAAGCUAUGCAAUACUGCCACUCGAAGGGCAUGCGAUUGAUAACCAUCGCAUCAAAGGAGGAACAACGAAAUAUCGAGAAUUUCGCCAGAGAAUCAGAUCUUGGCGAUGAAAGCUUCUGGACGUCCGGCACCAGUUUGGGCGAUCAAGUAUUCUAUUGGUUUGACAGCGGUAAAAAGAUCACAUUCACAAAUUGGAUCAAUGGUGAACCGAAUGACUUUGAUAGCGACAGAAAGUGCAUCGAAAUACUUAAUGAAACCGAUUUCAAAUGGAACGAUUGCUCUUGCUUUGAUAAUAAUAAACGCGUUAUUUGCGAAGAAAACGUGUAAUUUUUUAUUUUUA